AUGAUAAAGAACCAUAUUGAGGGUUCUAAUAUCCCUAAACUCCUUGAUGCCAAGUUGAAACAUGCAAAUUUGCAGAAGAAUGUUGAGCUAGACAGUUAUGCGGGAGGUAUUGUGGUUGUGUGGAGAGAAGUUUUUGCUAGUCCGAAUGAAGACAGAAUAAGAGGUUUGUGGGAUGACGCGAGGAUUAUUGUAGUUUCUAUACAAAGUGCAUGGUUGGUCGCAAGAGACUCUAAUGAUAUUGCAAGUGUUCCGGAAAAAGGAGGAGUUCAUGCGUCUGCUUGCAAAUGUGGUAAAUUUGUGGAGAGAUUUAAUGCUUGCAACCUUAUUGAUUUGGGGGAAAUGGAGAGGAUCUAUACCCUGAUUUGGGAUGGGUUAACUCUAAAUAUACAUGGAGAAGGCCUAUUUUCUAUGGGUGAAAGUAGAUAUUUGAAAAGCUUGAUCGAGCUUUUUGUAAUGCUAAUUGGAGACUUAAUUUUUCGAUGCAUAUGUCAAAGUCCUUUCUAG